CACUUAAGAGGACCGCUGUGACCUUUCGCAGGCUCUGGGACACAAAAUCAAAUACAAACUCUUUGAGGAAUUCCUCUGGUUUAGAGCCAAAAUAUUCACGCAAAAUGAUGGAAUACGAGUACGAAAUAGACCCUAGAGGUCUUCAAGGAAAGCCCGGCUCGGUUACUCUUAUCAAAGAUAAACAAAAUUUAAUUGGUAUCAGUAUAGGUGGUGGGGCCCCACUGUGUCCAUGCCUUUAUGUCGUACAAGUCUUCGAUAACACACCAGCGUCUAAAGAUGGUACUCUUCAAGCGGGAGACGAAAUUGUUGGAGUAAAUGGAAAAUCUUUACGAGGGAAGACAAAAGUCGACGUGGCUCGCGCGAUACAGGCUGUCAAGGAAGAAGUGAUAAUCAACUAUGUUAAGCUCCAUGCGGACCCCAAGGAAGGCAAGACACUGGACAUAGUCAUGAAGAAGAUGAAGCAUCGAAUGGUGGAGGGCAUGAGUUCCUCUACAGCGGACGCUCUUGGGCUCAGUCGUGCUAUUUUGUGCAAUGAUGGCCUCGUGAAGAAACUUGAUGAGCUGGAGCAGAAUGCGAAUGUCUACAAAGGCCUGUUAGACCACGCCCGGCAGUACCUCCACAGCUUCUACCAGUUAUCACAAACACACAAAGAAUUAGGGGAUAUCUUUGCUUCUAUUGGUGUCAGAGAGCUCCAGCCAAAUGCAAGCGAAGCCUUUGCCAUUUUUAGUGAGGCUCACAGGCAAUUUGAUAGACAUGGAAUGGAUUUCCUCAAAAAAGUAAAACCCACUCUCAGUGACUUGAAUACAUAUUUGUCAAAGGCAAUCCCUGACACAAGGCUUACAAUCAGAAAGUAUGCUGAUGCCAAAUUUGAAUAUCUAUCUUACUGUCUGAAAGUGAAGGAGAUGGAUGAUGAGGAAUACGCUUAUGCUGCUUUGCAUGAAUCCUUGUACAGAGUGGAGACUGGAAACUAUGAUUACAGAGUUGUGCUGCGCUGUAGACAGCUGGCCCGGGAGAAGUUUGCCAAAUUGAGGUCAGAUGUGCUGGUGAAGCUUGAACUACUUGACCAGAAACAUGUGCAAGAUAUCGUCUUCCAACUCCAACGAUUCGUGUCAGCGGUUGCCGGUUACCAUGACGACGCGUAUGGCAUACUGAAGGAAGCCAACGUGUUUCCGAUCGAGGUUGACCUCACUAGAGGAGCACUGGGCAACACCCUUAAAUAGGGACGUACAGUAUACUUAGCAAAUAGAUAGGGUGGGGAACGGGUAUGUUUCUCGUGUAUUUACAGCCAUUUUCAAUUAUUCUGCGAGCUCUCGACAACAAUCUCCAACCGCUGACUUCCGCCAUUCAAACUAGCGGAAUACCAUAUAAUGCUUUCUUUUUGAUUGGCGGCUUGCUGAGAAACGGCGUAAUUGAUGGCCCUAUGAAAACGCUUCAAGGAUUUUGAUUGUGGGAUAUCAGAAGGCGAUUUAGCUAUUGGAAAUCAAAAUAUUUAACGCAUCAAUAAGAGUUUCCAAGAAAACUCUUCAUAUCCCUAUGUAAACUCUCCUAAUUCUCUGACAAACUAUCUGCAAACUCUCCAUAUCCCUAUGGGUUCCAAAAUCGUCGGCUUUAGGCCUGUUUUCACUAGUGGAAAGGCCGAGACGAAGAUAGUCGCAAAGACAUAAGAUUCUUACCUCGCGUGUGAACAGAACGGAACGGAAAGAAAGAAGGAACGGAACGGUUCAUUUUUUUUCCUUAUCACUCCCCGCUUACUUCUCAAAAGGCUAGUUUACUUCAAGCGCGUAACUCCUCCUGUACUUUUCUUCGCCUUGCUAUUAAAGGAACAAGUAGUAAGGAGUGGAAACGUCCAUUUGCCUUUUUAGGGUUAUAUGUUUUUCCGACUAGCAACCUCGAACCCAAAACACAAUAGAACCCGUGUCAUAUAGCGUGUAGGAGUCGCGAAGUCUAAGUAACCCGAUGCCUUAAUAGACUUUGUAGACGUGGGUUGCAUGGCGGAAGAACGGAGAUACAGACAUCUUUACAAUGCAAAGCAAAGUGUGUUGUGCACAAAACUCGAAUGGCGUAGGGAUAUUCGCAUUAUUUCCUUUCCAUGUCUUUGUCUUUUUCCCCACACUAUGAAAAAAUGAGGAAGAAUUUCCACAUCGGUAUCUAGAAUGUGACAAAAAGCAAAUACUUUGGCAACUUUCCAAAGAAGUCGUGUUAGUCAAAAUGAUCUCUGAACGCCAGGGCUGAAUAACGUAUGCGCAUGCGCGUGCUCUGGCAAAAACAAACACAUCGUAGUGUUGAAUCGUUCGAGUAAAGGUACGAAGGAUGACUUCAGUCGUUGUUUUGACUAACUGUACAGCAUUAAAACCAUACUGUACGAAAUUUGACCGGUUUGUUUGAUAAAGAGGGAGUUAUAAAGAAAAUUAUAGCCUUAGGUUUGGUCUAGUUUUCUUAGCAUUCGUCGAAAUGUGACAGUUCGCCGGUAAAACGCCGCCAUUUCAAAACAAAAAGGCUAGUUUAACCGCGCGGUACUGUAACCAGUCGCGGUUUUCAGCAGUCUCUCUGGACAUGUUUCCGUCCCAGCGUGAAUGCAGCAUAGCAAGGAACAGAAACAGACGUUCGCGAUUUCUUUUUUUAAUGUGAAUGCAGCAUAGCAACUUACAUGUAACAGACGUUCACCAUUUCUUUAAGGAUGAAAUAAUUAGUCAAAUAGUUUACUGUCGAAUCCGUUGUAUCGCGACCCGCGUUUUCAAAACACGAUUUGUUUUGGUUUUCUGUUCCGUCAGUAAAACCAUUCUGAGCCAAUCAGAGUCUCGCUUUGUACACUUCCCUGGCUAUCCUCUGGACGAAAACCAGACAGUGUCGCGACAGAAAGCCAGGCAACUGCACUGGCGACAGAUGGCAAGAAUCUGAUUGGCUUAGAAUAAUUUGACUGGCGGAACAAAAAAUCCCAAAAGACAAAAACAAAUCGAUGUUUUGAAAAUGCGGCGUCGCGAUACAACGGAUUCGAUAGUGAGCACGAAGAAUGUGAAUACUAGAGGAAGCACAACACAGUCUAGUAAUUUAUUCAGAAUGUAUCAAACACAAUUUCCCACAGAAAGAGAUAAUCCAUUAGUGGUAUCGGCAAAAUCUUGUGAUGAAUCUCUGGGAUUCUGGAAUUCUUCUUGUGUAUGAAAUAUUCAAAACGGAUGUUUCCACGAGAAUCAUUUUACCAAAUGUGGUGGUAACUAAAAUAGUUUCUUAGACAGUCUUUAAGAAAGCAACUUAUAUUAUGGAAAUAUUUGUAAUAGAUUAGCGAGAAGCAAAAGGCACGAGAAGUUAAAGUUUUAAACAAAAAUAAUGUUUCGUGUACAGUAUAGAUAAAGGAAACAUUGAAAUAUGAAUUGUGAAAUAAAGUGAAAGGCAUUUAUUUAUUUAGACCAGUUCCUCUGUAAACAUAAUUAUAAAGACUUAAUUAAAUUAACUUCAAACAA